AUGGUUGACAGAUUAUGCACGUUGAAUACGGAGCCAACAGCAAUUUUUCAACAAAAACCCUACAAAUCAAUAUCAUAUAAUAGUCGGAGGAGCAGACAGACAGAAAAAGAGAAAAGUCCGGCGCGAACCUCGUCAUCGAAGAAGAAGCGCAAAGACGAAGAGGAUCCAAACCCAGAGGUGACACAGCGCAAGAGGCUCAAAGCCCUCGCCUUCUCCAACAACCUACUCUCAGAGGUCCCUGCUAAGCCCCACGCGCCUCUCACCCCCUCAAACACUGUUGUUAAGCACCAUGGCAAAGACAUUCUCAAGAAAUCUCAGCGAAAGAACAGGUUCCUCUUCUCCUUCCCUGGCCUCCUUGCCCCCAUUGGAGGCGGUAAGAUCGGUGAGCUCAAGGAUUUAGGCACCAAAAACCCCGUGUUAUACCUCGAUUUCCCUCAGGGUCGGAUGAAGUUGUUUGGGACUAUUGUGUUCCCCAAGAAGAGGUAUCUGACUAUGCAGUUCCCUAGGGGUGGGAAGAGUGUCAUGUGCGAGGACUACUUGGAUAAUAUGAUCGUAUUUUCCGAUGCUUGGUGGAUUGGGACACAAGCAGAGAACCCCGAAGAAGCCCAACUUGAUUUCCCUAAGGAACUUACUGAGGGACAACACGCAGAAUAUGACUUUAAAGGUGGUGCAGGUUCAACAUCUGCAAACAAGCAAAGUGAUCGUAAAAAUGAAACUACAUAUGUAGAACAUUCCCCAAAUGUUAAGGUUGAAGAUAAUGUAUCAGAUGAUGGAAACAAGGAUUCGAUGAGAGCAACACCUGUUCGACAUUCAUCAAGAACUGGCGGAAAACGAUUCAAGUACUGGCCUAAACAUUUUAUUGCACUCAGUAGAUACUGUCAUAAGAGAUCAGAAGCUGGGGGAAUUAAGUACACACAUACUAAAUAUGCAAAGUAGAUACAUAUAUACGUACACAUAUUUGUACAGGAACAUACAAACACACACACCCACACAAUGUACCUUACAGGUGCUGAGGCCAUCUCUGAAUGAUAAUAUUGGAAACAAAAUAUAUAUUUUUCA